GUGGCCUCAUUCCGUCCACCUCUGCGCUGCUCUGCACAGCAGCUGCACGCUCUCACGUCCAGUGUUUGAAAAGCCUCCUUGGUUUGACUGUGUGAGCAGAACGUGUGCGGCGGUAAUGGCUGCCAGGGAGAGUGAGGAAGACAACAAAUGAACCCCUGAGAAACGAGUCAAAGUGAGGACUAGGAUGGUAAGCAGCCAACCGAAGUACGAGCUGAUCCAGGAGGUGGGGCGUGGCAGUUACGGUGUGGUCUAUGAGGCAGUGGUGAAGCGCACAGGGGCCCGCGUGGCGGUGAAGAAGAUCCGCUGCCACUCUCCAGAGAAUGUGGAGCUGGCACUGCGGGAGUUCUGGGCCCUCAGCAGCAUCCAAAGCCAGCACCCAAACGUCAUCCACCUGGAGGAGUGUAUCCUGCAGCGGGACCAGCUGGCCCAGAGGAUGAACCACGGCUCCAGCUCCCCGCUCUACCUGGAGCUGGUGGAGACGUCUCUGAAAGGCGAGAUCACGUUCAACCCGUGCUGUGCCUACUACCUGUGGUUCGUCAUGGACUUCUGCGAUGGCGGCGACAUGAACGCCUACCUGCUGUCCCGCAAGCCCAGCCGCAAGACCAACACCAGCUUCAUGCUGCAGCUGGGCAGCGCGCUGGCCUUCCUGCACCGCAACCAGAUCAUCCACCGCGACCUCAAGCCCGACAACAUCCUCAUCUCCCAGGCCUGCACGCCGGCCGGCCUGUCCGAGCCCACGCUCAAGGUGGCCGACUUCGGCCUAAGCAAGGUCUGCUCGGCCUCGGGGCUUAGCUCGGAGGAGCCGGCCAGCGUCAACAAGUGCUUCCUGUCCACGGCGUGCGGCACAGACUUUUACAUGGCCCCGGAGGUCUGGGAGGGCCACUACACGGCUAAAGCGGACAUCUUCGCCCUGGGCGUGAUCAUCUGGGCCAUGGUGGAGCGCAUCACCUUUGUGGACGUGGAGACCCAGAAGGAGCUGCUGGGGAGCUACGUGCAGCAGGGCUCGGAGAUCGUGCCCUUAGGCGAGGCCCUGCUGGAGAACCCAAAGAUGGAGCUGCUGAUCCCUGCCAGGAAAAAGAGCAUGAACAGCCACAUGAAGCAGCUGAUCAGGGAGAUGCUGUCGGCCAACCCUCAGGAGCGGCCCGAUGCCUUUGAACUAGAGCUCAGACUGGUCCGUAUCGCCUGCAGAGAACUGGACUGGGACACGUGAUGGACGAGCAACACGGCAGCACAGACUCAGCCGAUCAAGCUAAUGUACCCCUCUUCAUCAGCUACUGCUAACCUAGAUCACUUAACGGGAUUCCUGUUUUGUUUUUUUUUAACUAGGGAACAAUAAAUAGAAUAGUCAUUGU